AUGGCAUCUUGGCCAUUCAACUAUACUCCUUUUUGCAGCAAGCCUACCAGUAAGUCUAAGUCCAUUUUCAGGAAAACAUGCCAGGCUCGAGAACUCGAAGAGCAGCCAUCAAAAUCCAACCUCCCAAAGCUGAGGGACAUCCAGGAAAAUACUGGAGACAGAAGGUGCAAGGUGGGCAUAGAUCACAAGCAGAGAUGCAAGCCAUGGUAUUGGACGUUAAACUUUAUUGAUAAAUUAAAUUAA